GAAAUUGGUCUGCAAAAUGAAAGCCUUGACUGCAGUCUACCCGGGCUAGAGGCGCUCUGCGAAUGGCAAUGCUUUAGUCCAUUACUGGAUCCUUUACCUCCCUGUGCAUCAACCCUGCCUCUGCCAUGAGUGCCUCGUCCCUGCCAUUUGUGGUUGGAGCAAACACAGUGGAAGACCAGCGGGCUCGCUGGGAGAGAAAGCGCAGCAGGACAGCCAAGGAACUGCUGGAAACAGAACACAAAUAUCUUGAACAGCUGGAUUUGGUGCUCACAUACUUUGUGACAAUCUUAAAGGCCAAAGGGACACUGAAGCCUGCUGUGUUGGAAACUAUAUUUGGGCCCCUGGAGUCCUUAUAUUCAGCCAGCCAUGUUCUCUCACUUCACCUGGAGAAAGGAAAUUUGGGAUCAGGACUGGAAAAUUUUUGUCAGAGUCUGGAUCUUUAUGGUCACUAUGCUGAGAAUUUGGAGCAUGCAAAUAAAACCUUGAAGGAGCAAGUGAGGAAAAAUAAGUCAUUCCGGCGGUUUAAGAAACUCCAGGAGACUCGACCUCAGUUUCAAGGGAGGGAGCUAGAGGAUCUGCUUCCUUUGCCCCUGCAGAGGCUGCACCAGUACAAGCAUUUCUUCAGAGAUCUGCUGGAGAACACCAGCCCAGACACUGCUGAGUACCAGAAACUUGCAAAGACUGUGAAAUCUGUUUGUGAAGUAUCUCACUGGAUCCAAGACAUCUUUGAUAAGAGAGAGAACUCCUUGCAGCUACUUCGGGUUCAGAAAUUGCUCAAAGGACAAAAGACUCAGAUUUUGACUCCAGGACGCUGGUAUAUCCGGGAAGGCUGGCUCUUGGUGGUGCCUGCAAAGGGAGAAGAGCUGAAGCGCAGGAUGUUCUUCCUGUUCUCUGACAUCCUCAUUGCAGCGAAGCCCUGCCACCCACUGCACCUGCUGAACUCCAACAAACUGUGCUGCCAGGCUGUCUACCCGCUCCACCAGUGCUCAGUGGAUAAAGUGUUCGGCCACACGUGGAGCCAGGGAGGGCUCCUCAGUCUUUCCUUUCCACACAAGACACUGCUGUUGAUGUCCAGCAACCAACAAGAGAUCAAUGACUGGUACCGGAGUCUCACAGCUGCAGUCAGGCAGCUGAAAGCCUGACCCACCAGACUGCCCGCCAGGACAACCACCCUCAUGGCAGAAGC